AUGCGGCUCAUGAUUUCUUGGUGCUCUUGCUUGGUCAUCUUCUGCCUUCUGCAGGCAAGUCAUAGGACCAGCGGUGUAGCUUACAAUAUUACUCCAUCGGAGCCGCUCUUUCCGAACCAAACUCUUGUCUCCUCUGGCAAUAUAUUCGAGCUUGGGUUCUUCACGCUGAGCGGGUCAGAAAAUCAGUAUAUUGGCAUACGGUACAAGAACUUGACGCCUUCUAAGAUUGUGUGGGUGGCCAAUAGGGAACAGCCACUUCCGUACACGGAUCGGUCUGCAAAAUUAACGAUAGGCAGUGAUGGGAAUUUGAAGCUCAUGGAUGGACAAGAAAAUAUAGUUUGGUCUACCAAUGUCUCUAGUCGGUCCAAUUAUACGUUGGCGGUGCUAUUAGAUAGUGGGAAUUUUGUUCUGCAAGAUGGCAUUUAUGGCGAAAUAUGGGGAAGCUUCGAGGAUCCGACAGACACUCUUCUUCCAACAAUGAAGAUAGGAGUAAAUGUCAGGACUGGAGUGAAAAAGUUCUUAAUUUCCUGGAGAAGCGACAGUGAUCCAUUCCCUGGAAGUUUCUCGACUGGAAUGACAUCCGAGACGCCGCCUCAAGCUUUCACUUGGAAUGGUUUGACCCCUUACUGGAGAGGCGGGCAAUGGGACAAAUCGAAAUUUAUCGGCAUAGCAACCAUGGACCAAUCAUACUCGAGUGGCUUCACUGUCCAGCAGGAUACUCAAAAGGGAACCACUUACUAUUCGGUAAAUAGAUACGAUAUCUUUCUAUACAUGUUCAUUUCUCCCGGAGGAUCUCUCACGAUAAUGUACUGGGAUGAUGGAGCUAGGGCAUGGUUGAUGGAUUGGGCAGCACCGAACAAUACUUGUGAGAUUUAUGGAACUUGUGGUCCAUUUGGAGUUUGUAACUCAUUGAAUUCGCCUAUUUGCAGAUGCAUAGAUGGGUUUGUGCCAAAGUCAAAUGAAGAAUGGAACAGUUUAAACUGGACCAGAGGAUGUGAAAGAGAGAUGGAAUUGAAUUGCCAGAAAAACACAAGCACAUCGACUUAUACAAAUGUAAAGAAAGAUGCAUUUUGGCAAAUGAGCCAGAUGAAACUACCCGACUCUGGGAACUAUAUAUCAGACAUUGGAGAUGAAGAAGAAUGUGAAAGCUGGUGCCGGAGCAAUUGUUCUUGCUUGGCUUAUUCUUACGUCAGCACCAUUGGAUGCAUGGUUUGGAGUAAAGACCUCAUUGAUCUUCAGGAAUUUCCCACAGCUGGGGAAGAUCUAUUUGUUCGAGUUGCACAUGUAAAAGCAGGAGGAUCGCGACACAAAGCAGUUAUCAUCAGCCUGAGUACUAUUGCAGGGAUUAUUUUCUUUGCAGUAUUUGUUUUUGUUCUUUGCAAAUGGAGAGCUAACAAAACAGGAAACUUUCGAAGGCUCCUUGACUCAGCAGAUACACCUGAAAAAUCGACCGAGCUGACACAAGGAAAUGCAUGGCAAAAGCAGUUGAAGCAAGAUGAUUCACUGGAAUUGACCCUUUAUAGUUUUGAUAGCAUACUACUUGCUACAAACAAGUUCAGCACGACAAGUAAACUCGGGCAAGGAGGGUUUGGCUCUGUUUAUAAGGGGAAGCUGAAAGAUGGGAAAGAGGUAGCUGUGAAAAGACUUUCCAGUACCUCAGCCCAAGGCGUUGAAGAGUUCAAGAAUGAGAUCAUCCUUAUAUCGAAACUCCAGCAUCGAAAUCUUGUUAAACUCGUGGGUUACUGCAUUGAAGGAGAAGAAAAGAUUUUGAUUCAAGAAAGAAGGCAGAACUUGACUGGGGCAAACGAUUUCAAAUAAUUCAGGAGAUUGCAAGGGGGCUGCUCUACCUCCAUCGAGAUUCUUGCCUUAGGGUCAUACAUCGAGACUUGAAA